AUGUCAGCAGUGAAGAAACUGUUGAAGAAUGCAAAGACUGCAUUAGCAGAUUCGGAUUGGGAAUAUGCCAUUGAGCUUUCCGAGGAAGUAUUAGAAGAGGAUAAUGAGAACUACUUUGCAUACGUUUUUCUAGGGAAAGCAAAUGAAAGCAUUGGUCAGAACGUAAAGGCAAAAGACAACUACCUUAAAGCCAUUGCCUUGGACGAUACAAAUGUGAUUGCUUGGAAAGGUUUAUUUGUGCUAUUUAAAAAUGCACAAAAUUUGAGAGAGGUCGUUGAGUUUCCCAAGUAUUUCAAACUUUGUGAAGAUUACGCUGAAGUGCUACUUCAAAAGCAGUUAUCCCUUAUUGACCUGAUAAACGAUAUCAGAGUGAUAAGAAGAAAAUACCCAGAAUCAGAAGAGAUAUUUUUGGAGAGUAUCAAACCAGGUACCAAAUUUGGUGAAUUGAUUGGCGGUGAAAUUAUGACUCCUCGUGAGAUUCUACGGAAAUUGUUAACACUAAAACAAAAUUCUGAACAGCAAAAAGCUUCUAAGUUGAUUAGCGCUACGCGUAUGAAAAUCAGUGUAAAUGAUCCAGAUUAUCAUUUCAAAGUAAACUCUUCAGCAUGGGAGGUCUACAAGGACUCGGAAGUUGAUCAGUUAUUUGAGCAGUUGAUAAAUAUCACAGACGAUGAUAAAAAGAGAAGAGAUCUUGAAAUUUCAUGGUUAGAGUAUCGUAUAAAAUUGCUAAAGACGAUGCCUAAAGAGAUGAAACCAUCCUUCUUCCCCGUAGUGAAAGAAAUGGUGGAUAAUAUGGUUAUUGUCAAACACGAUUCCCUUUUGGCUUGGACUUUAUAUUUUGACUGGAAAGACUACUCGAACGUAAAUACUAUGGAAAUGGAUGUGUGCCUGAGCUUUAUACAGAAAUUCCCAACAGAACCUUUGGCUAUGGUAAUAUAUGCAUGGAUAUGCUCUAGUAUCUCAAGUUACGAUAGUGAACGUUUGAGUGUUGAUAUUUUAAAAUUCUCCGCGAACGAAGUGCAACUUGAAUCAGCUGAUGAAAAUGAGCGUGAUGAUGAUGAAUCAGAAACUGAAAAUAUAUCAAACAUUAUUGAAGUGGAAGAUGAAGGCACGAAUUGUAUGACUGAGGCUAACGUAUUAGAAGUAUUGCAAGAGAAUAUUCUUAAAUGUAAACAAAGCAUAUUGGCAAAUAGAAUCAUUUCUCAUUAUUAUGUUUCUCAUAAUGAGUUUCAGCUUGCGAUUCCGUAUAUAAGAUCUGGGACUUCCGCGGUAGCUUAUGCAACGAGGGAUCUUGGAGCAUGGUUGAAAAAUUCCAAAUUUGAUUUCACAUUGUUAUACGCCACUACAUACACAUACUUCGAGGCUCCAAAAAAUCAUAACAUUGCACUUUCAUUAUUUGACAAAGUGCUCUUAGAAGAUCCCAAAAACGCACAGGCGAAGAUGGGCAAAGGUUUGAUCUUCAUUGAGAUGAAAAACUGGCAAGAAGCAUGCAAAUUUUUGAAGGAUGCUGUUGUCGAGUUUCCCGAUAAUUGGGAGAUCGUUUCAGCUUAUGGGUGGAGCUUGUUACACACAGGAAACACUCAACAGGCAAUUAAUAAAUUUAGAUUGGUGUUGGAGAAGGCGCCCAGUAAUGACUUAAAAUCAAUUGAAUUUAGGGCACUCAACUGUUGGAGAAUAGCCAAGUGCUUGCUACAUGAUGUCCAUGAUGCAAGUGAUAUCGAACUGAUAAAUGAAGCCUAUCAGACUUUGAUUCGUGCCUUAAAGAUUUCAGAUAGCUAUGCUCCGGCGUAUUCCUUAUUGGGCUACAUAUAUAACACUUAUUACUCAGACGAAAGCAGAGCAUUCAAGUGUUUCUUCAAAGCAUUAUCAAUAGAUUCCAGUGAUAUUGAAGCAGCCUUCUAUAUCGCAGAAAAGUAUUGCGCAAAGGGUAACUGGGAAGCUGCGUCGGCUGUCUGCGAAAGACUUGUAAAGGUUGAGUACAUUAAGAACGCUUUGCAAUCUAUAAGCUGGCCGUACAGGGUGUUGGGUAUGAGUUGUUUGGAAAGGCAAUUGUAUGCUGAGUCCAUUGAAUGGUUUCAAUCCUCUAUUAGAGUUUCAUCCUCUGACGUUGAAUCAUGGGUUGGUUUAGGUCAAGCUUAUCUAAAUUGUGGUCGUGUAGAAGCCUCAAUCAAGGUAUUUAAAAAAGUUCUUGAGCUAGACGAAAAUCACCAUUUCGCCUGGUAUUUCCUCGCAAUCGCUCUUUCAGCAUUAGGAGAAUUUGAUAGAAGUAUUGAAAUUUUCGAGAGGUUAGUAAAUACUGAUGAUUCUGAAGAAUGUUUUAUGGUCUCUGAGAUAUCUACACUCAUAGAUUAUGCCACAGAACUAUAUUCCCGAGGAUAUUUGUUGAAAGCAAUUGAUGUAUCUUCUAAAGCCAUUUCGAAAAUUGAACAUGUGAUAUGCUUAAUAUCUGCGAACUUACAGAAUGUAUGGAUUUCUCUUAGUAAAGCGUUAAGAAUAUUUGUUAUCAUUGAAUCUCAGCUCGAUAAUUUGCCUAUUGAUUCUCUCGUAAAGAUCUUCAGCACUGUACCUAUGUCAACUGAAGUUACUGAGCUUACUCUUGAUGGAAUUUCGUUGGAUACAAUUUUGGCUGAUGAAUCUUCUGAUAAUAUGACUAUUGCCCUUAAGUUCGUCGUUCUAUCUGCUAAGUACCCCCUUCUUAUGGACAAUUUCAAUUCCAUGUCUAAGACAGUUCAUGCCGGUUUAUGGUACAAUCUCGGCUGCGCUGAACUGUUGGGACUAUUAACCGUUUCGGAGGAUAGUUUUCGUGAUGCUGCUAUUCAUGCAUUUAAAAGCUCGAUUCGCUGCCAGUCGAAUAACACAGAAUCAUGGAUAGGUUUAGGUAUCGCAACAAUGAAUGUCAGCUACCAGGUUUCCCAACAUUGUUUCAUAAAAGCAAUUGCGCUAAAUUCCAGAGAAACAGGAAGCUGGUAUUGUAUGGCCAUGUUAGCUCUAAGCAAUAACGACACUGAUCUAGCCCGCGAUAUUCUCAUGAAAGCCCAAAGCAUCGCUCCUGAGGAUUCUCAAUCAUGGCUAGGGUUGGCUUUGAUAUAUGAAAAGGAAGGCCUGGCUACAGACAGUGCAAGAAUGUUUGCCCACGCCUACAUACUUGCCAAUAGUAAAUCGAAGGUUGCCCAACUAUUAUAUGCCAAGAAUGUUUUAGGUAGAAGCAUAGGCAAUGGAGAUAAUGAGAGAGAUAUUAUUGCACAGCAAGAGCUUUCGUCGGUGGUAUUUGGGCUAAGCCAAUACCUGAAGAAAUCUCAGAAUGAUGUCUUUGCUACUCAGCUUUCGAUUUUAGCAUUGGAAAGACUUCAUGAUUUCACAACCGCAACUUCAUUAGCGCAACAUCUCUCCACUUUAGUUGAAGAGAGAUUUGAAAAGACCCAGGACGAGAGUGAACUACUCAACUUUGCUUUGCUUAAGACACAAUUAGCCAGGCUCUAUUUAGGAUACGCAGAUUAUGAAAAUGCCAUUCAAGCUGCAACGUUCGCCUUGGGUAUCAUAGAAUAUGACGUUACUGCUACGGAUAUUACGAAGGCAGCUAUUAUUUCUAACCACGUUGUAAUUGGUCUUGCUUCUUUCUUUAGUUCCGAUGUCGACGCUGCAUUAGAUCAUUGUAAUAUCUUGCUUACCUUGUCACAUGAGGUCAGUAAUGUGGCAGUAUUAAUCUUCAAAAUAUUACAUUCCAUGCAAUCCGAAGAAGCUUCUAAUAUUGGGCUCCAAGAACUACUUGAUUAUGUUGAUACGCACGGAAAUGAUUACACCAUAACGUUAACUCUUGCAGCUUUCUUUAUCUUGGAAAAUCGCCCUGAAGAACUUGCAGAGCUAGCGAAACAACUGAAAACGUUUUCUCCCUCUGUAUUGAUCAAAGACACACAUAAAGAUAUCUCUUUCUUGUUACAAGAAAUUGAUAAGCGUCUAGAGAAAAAGAAAGACAUUACUUUCUUAUGGCAGAAAUCUAGUUUCCUCUUCCCCAACAGUCCGAAUGUUUGGGACAGGUUGUCAUCAGAAAUUGCUUGCAGAGUCUCAUCAUCUGGACAAAAUAGAAUAACUCCUCUUCAUUUAAGUCAAAAGCUAGUCGUGUGUGACUCCUUGACGAAGGUACAAAAGGCAAUCUUUUUGUGUCCAUGGAAUGCGGACGCUAUUAAUGCAUUAAAAGGGUGUUUUUAG